AUAUAUUCUUACGCCAAGAAAUCGACCGUAUGCAGCGAGUUAUCUCGGCAGUCCGUCAGACCCUGACUGAUCUAAAGCUUGCAAUCGAUGGCAGCAUCAUCAUGAGUGAGACUCUACGAGAUUCUCUCGACUGUAUGUACGAUGCAAGAAUUCCCAAGCACUGGAAAAAGAUAUCUUGGGAGUCGUCGACCCUUGGGUUCUGGUUCACGGAGUUAAUAGAGCGUAAUGCUCAGUUCCGUACSUGGUGUUUCGAUGGUCGACCUAAUGUAUUCUGGAUGACRGGKUUCUUCAAUCCACAAGGUUUCUUGACGGCAAUGAGACAGGAAGUAACACGUGCUCACAAAGGUUGGGCKYUGGACUGCGUCGUCCUUCAYAAUGACGUCACGCGUUUCUUCAAAGAUGACAUCACCACCCCUCCUACYGARGGUGUCUAUGUSCACGGACUAUUCCUUGACGGCGCAGGAUGGGAUCGCAGAGGGUGCAAGCUGGUAGAGCCUGCCCCUAAGGUCCUCUUCACUCCAAUCCCCGUCGUCCAUAUCUAUGCUAUCAAUUCUACUGGAGGACGGGAUAAUAGAUUGUAUCAGUGCCCCAUUUACAAGAAGCCACAGCGUACUGACCUUACAUACAUCGCUUGUGUGGAUCUGAAGACCAAUCAGAACCCAGAUCACUGGAUAUUACGUGGUGUAGCAUUGCUGUGUGAUAUCAAAUAAAAUAGAAAUAUUUAUCUUAUUUAGAUUAGGACAAAAUGAAAGAUUUUAUAUAAGUAAAUUAAUUAUAAGCGCUUUGUUGUUGAUUGUUCGGAACUCUAAUCGAACAWUUGUCGGCAAGUUGUCGGUGAGUGAUCGUGUACCUGAAUGUUGUGGAACUAUCCGACAGUCAUGCGUUUUUCGGCAAAUGAUCGGUUCGUCGAAUUUGACAGAUGCUAUCUCAUCGUUAACUGUCGACAAAUGUUCGCACAAUAAUCGAUCAGUUGGCGUAGAGCCAUCGGCAAUACCUUCAAUGCAUAUGAACUGUAAAUAGAGUGUUCACGUGUUCAUGACAAAAAGUUUAUAUAUUUAACGUUUGCACAAUAGAUAGGAU